AUGCAGCUCAUAGUCACAAAAAUUAGGAGAACAUAAACAAACAAAAAAACAUAACCUCAUCAACAAGAAACAAAAAAUCACUCUUCCUAACCUUAUCAACUCCCCUUUGGCAUUUGUGAGGCUAUGAAAAGUUAAAAGACCCAAUGAAAAAACAAAGCAUUUUCAAGGGUCAUCACCAUGAAGAAGAAGCUACAUCAUGACAAAGAUUUAGAAGUGUUGAAAGCAGUAGCACAAGCUUGGUACAAUCACUCAGGCAGUGUUAAACCUUUGAGCGAAUUUGACGCUCGUCGAAGAAACUUCAAAGGUAAUCCUACAAGAUUUAAGCUUGAAACAUUGACCAAAAAAUCAUCCUCAACAAGUGACACAAAUACAAGCUCUUCCAACUAUUAUAGUGACUUUCAACAAUCACUUUGGGACCCUUAUGAGCUUGUAGCAGUUUCAAGAAGGAUUGAAACAGGUUUAGCUUUAGAUAAUCCAUUUGAUGAUUUUUGUGUUUCUACAUCAAAACAACUAAAAGGUAAGAGGGAGAGUAAGAAUAGUCUUAGGAAUCUGUUUAAUAAUAUGUCUUCUAGGAGAUUUAAUGUCCCUAAAUUUACAAUGAAAAAUGAUACUAUAUGAUUUUCUUCUUCUUUUUAUGUUAAGUGACAGCUUAACUUAUUUAUUUAAGCUGUUAUUCUUCCUUUAUAUGACACAGUUGAAAUUUUUUGUGAUUUCAAAGCAUGUGAGUCGUUUUUAUUGAUUGUAACAAAGAUACAAAUGUAAGGUCUGCUUCACUUCCAAAAACAAAAAAGGUUCGAUUAUUGGAAUUUUUCAGAAA